AUCACGUAUAAAUAAAUUUUGUGUUGGGACGCCAAGAAAAUAACAAAAAUAAGCAAUUAAACGACAAAUAAACGAAAAACAAUGGCCGAAUUCUCAGUGGAACGCGUCGAGGACAAGCGGACGGUGAACGGGCGCACGGAAUACUACCUGAAGUGGAAGGGCUAUCCGCGCAGCGAGAACACCUGGGAACCGGUGGAGAAUCUCGACUGUCCCGAUCUGAUAGCCAACUUCGAGGAGUCGCUGAAGAACAACAAGAAGGAGACCAAGAAGCGACUGUCCACCUCCUCCACGCCCGACUCCAUCCGCAGCAAGCGCAAGAGCUUCCUUGAGGACGAUACCGAGAAGCAGAAGAAGCUGAUUGGCUUCGAGCGCGGCCUGGAGCCAUCAAAGAUCCUGGGCGCCACCGACUCGUCCGGCCACCUCAUGUUCCUGAUGAAGUGGAAGGGCAGCGAUCACGCUGACCUGGUGCCCGCCAAGCUGGCCAAUAUCCGUUGCCCCCAGGUGGUCAUCCAGUUCUGCGAGGAGCGCCUCACCUGGCACACGGGCAGCGGCAAUGGCAACAGCAACUCCGGCAAUCUGGUCUCCACAGGGGGAUUGGGCUCUGCCGGAGGCAGUGGCGCCGGCGACGAUACGGCUCCCGGCAGCGUGGGCACCACCGGCGGUGGCAGCAAUGCCGAUGGCGGCGAUGAGGACGAACCCGAACCUGCCAGCCCAGUCGGCAGCAUCAACCAGGACGAGAACGCCAAGCCGGAGGAGAGCAGCGAAUUGGACAACGGCCAGCCGGACGCCGAUGACUAGUUGCGGAUGGCUGUUCCGGACUUACCCGCUUGUGUGCAUACAUACACGCCGUCUUAACAAACAUACGAUAUAUACAUAUUUAAUAGCGUAGCCUUUAAGCUUAACACGAUCGAUUAACUGAAGUUCUGGCGGAGAUUCGUUCCGCGGUAGUACAUACUUAAUCUAUAAGUUGAAAUGUGACUUUUUUUUUAAUAUCACUUUUUAAUUUCGAAUCCCCUGAAAGUUGUAGGAGCACAACAUGCGAAGUGUGAAAUACAAUUGUCCUGGCGUACAUGUUUA